AUGGCUGGGGGAAAUUGUACAACAGUGAAUGAAUUUGUCCUCCUUAGCUUCUCUGCCUUGCAACCCAAGCUUCAGGCACUGCUCUUUCUUGUGUUUCUGACUAUUGAACUCAUCACCUUAAUGGGCAAUGCCCUUAUUAUACUGGUCACUACAGUUGAUUCUGGCUUGCACAGUCCAAUGUACUUCUUCCUCAGGAACCUGUCUCUCCUAGAGAUUGGCUUCAACCUGGUCAUUGUUCCUAAAAUGCUGGGAACCCUGCUUACCCAUGAUACAAAUAUCUCUUUCCUCCACUGUGCUGUUCAGAUGUAUUUCUUCUUCUUCUUUGGUGCUUCAGAGUGCUUUCUUCUGGCAACUAUGGCAUAUGACCGUUAUUUGGCCAUCUGUGACCCCCUACGCUAUCCAGUCAUCAUGAGUCACAAGGCUUGUGUACAGCUGGCUACUGUCUCAUGGUUAUCAGGACUUCCUGUGGCCACAGUACAGACGACAUGGCUCUUCAGUUUCCCAUUCUUUGGCUCUAACCAAGUGAACCACUUCUGUGAUAGUCCACCUGUGCUGAAAUUGGUCUGUGCAGACACAGCACUCUUUGAGAUCUAUGCCAUUGUAGGAACUAUUCUGGUUGUCAUGGCCCCCUGCUUAUUGAUCUUGGGCUCUUAUGUUUGCAUUGGUUCUACCAUCAUCAGGAUACCUUCAGCUGAGGGAAAACGUAAGGCCUUUUCCACCUGCUCUUCCCAUCUCCUUGUUGUCUCCCUUUUCUAUGGGCCUGGGAGCCUUACCUAUUUCCGACCGAAGUCCAAUAACUCCCCAGAGAGCAAGAAGUUACUGUCACUCUACACAGUGGUAACCCCAAUGUUGAACCCUAUUAUCUAUAGCCUGAGGAAUAAAGAGGUAAAAACCGCACUCUGUCAUAUUCUCCACAGAGCCCUGGGAUCCCGGAAAUUUUGA